AAACAUGUGCUGAGAAUUUUUCAGUUCUCUCGAGAGUAAAAUAUUAGAAUGUCAGAAAUGAAAUAUUUGAGCAAUUGGAUGAAGAUGUAAUUAAUUACAGAAUUAACAUAAUGUAAUUUUGGUGAGGCUUCGGUCAGGCUUUUAUCUAAAUGAUUUAACGAAUCAACACUAUCAACGGAUUAGAUAACAAUUCUUGGGAGCUGUGGAUCAUCUGGAAAAACUAAGAAUACCGAUACAGAUGUUUUUUUUUCUGGAGACCACAUGUGGAAGAAAUCGUUACGCUUGACGAUCCAUUCCUCAGUCGACUUUUAUAGUUCAGGAUAGUUGGGUGUACGUCAGUAAUCUCCUGAAGGAAUAAAUAUGGGGAGUAUCAUAUGGCUGUUAGUGUCACUGAUUAGUCUAGUCUCUUCGAGGGUAAUUAAUAUGGAUAAUUAUUGGCUCCUGCGAGCUAAUCUUCUCCACGACGAAGAAGUCACAUCAAUUGGAGGUCGUCUGGCUUUCAAGGAUGGUGAGCGCAAUGCCAAUGAUCUCUUGAUGACUCACAAAAGGGCGGAAAUUGCUGAAGGAUUUUCGAACCCCCGGAGAUUUCUUCCUGGAAGGAACUUCUUGGAGGUUCGAGCGGAAAUCGAGAAAUCCAAGGUUUUCCAGAUAAUAAAAAAGCUCCCGAAGGGUGCAGUACUCCACGCCCACGACACGGGGAUCGUCCACUGGGAAUUCGUCUACAAUUUGACAUUCAGGGAGAAUUUGUACAUCUGCGAUAACGAUGGAGAAUUAUCCCUUCAUUUUUUUCAAACUCCAUCGAACACCUGCGACUGGAAGCUCCUGAGUGAUCUCAGGAUGAACCAGACACUGGGUGAUUCUCUGAAUGAGAGGAUCAAAAGAAAAUUGACGAUGCUGGUGGAGAAUCCCAACGAGAGGUACCCAGAUGUCGACGCCGCCUGGACCAAGUUCAUGGACAUCUUCAUCUUCAUCACACCGAUGCUGUCUUACAGACCUGUCUGGGAGGAUUACUAUUACCAGGGGCUCCAGGAGCUUUAUGACGACAAUGUACUGUACCUAGAGCUGAGAUCAACACUUCCUCCAGUGUACGAGCUCGAUGGGAGAGAGUACAGUCCCCCCGAUGUCGUGAGAAUCUACAAAAACGUGACAAGAAGGUUUAAAGACGACCACCCUGACUUCAUCGGUGCGAAAAUAAUUUACGCUCCACUAAGAACGAUGACCGAAUCUGAAAUCGGUAAUUUUAUAGGCGAGGCUGUGAACCUGAAGAGGAUUUACCCCCAUUUCUUUGCGGGAUUUGACUUAGUAGGGCAAGAGGAUAAGGGAAAAGCCCUGAAGGUGUACGCUGAUAAAUUGAAUGCCGUGAGGAACGAUAUAAAUUUUUUCUUCCACGCUGGUGAGACGAAUUGGUACGGCACCAGUACCGAUGAGAAUUUAAUUGACGCAGUUCUGCUGAAUGCGAAGAGAAUUGGUCAUGGCUAUGCUAUUCUCAAGCAUCAGAAUGCGUUGGAAUACGUCAAGAGGAAUAAAAUAGCAAUAGAACUCUGUCCAAUAUCGAAUCAAGUACUGGGACUGGUGAAGGACCUCCGAAAUCAUCCGGGAUCGGUAUUAUUUGCCGAGGGUGUACCAGUGGUCGUCUCCAACGAUGAUCCAGGUCUUUGGGGCUCCAGAGCCCUCAGCUACGACUUCUACGAGGCGUUCAUGGGCAUGAUGUCCAGUAAUGCUGACAUCCGGGCACUCAAGGAACUAGCUAUGAACUCCAUCUUCUUCAGCAGCCUCGAUGGAGACGAGGAGAGCCUCGCAUUUCUCCUUUGGGAAAAAAAAUGGAUCCAUUUCAUCGAUGAUCUCAAUAAUAAUGCAGUUGUCAAUCCAGAUUAUUAAUUUUUACUUUGAAUUACAGUCA